AACAUCCGGAUUUACAAAUUUGUUGUUCUGUUAUGUUGACCGUCUUGACACUUAGAGAAGCUAAUACUAAAAUAUGAAUAACAUUCUUGAUCUACACUCUAUAGAUAGAUCUAGAUUAGAUCGGACGAUUAUCUCAGUCACAGUUACUGUCUCAAAUAAGUAUUAAAAUUACUAAUUUAAUUUAAUUAUUUACUAAUACUAAAUGUAGAUUGUAGAAUUGUAGUAAAUUAAACACUUGGAGUUCAGUUUUCUUCAACGCAAUCAACUUCAAACUUUGACUAUGUCUAGAGGAGUUAAUGAAAGGUUUAGCUGAAACAUUGCUUACAUAGUAAAAUAUUAACAAUGCAUUCAAUUGCUUUGAUUGCCUUCUUGUACUUUACACUCAACAUUGAGGCCAAACCUAAAGGGUGCACUGGCCCCUCCAUUCUUCGGAAUAAGCCAUUUGUGAUAGUAUGGAAUCACCCAAGCACGGCAUGUGAGGACAGAGGAUACCAUCUCAAUUUCCAAGACUGGGGCAUAGUCGACAACAAGAAUGAUAAGUUCAUGGGUGAACAAAUAUCUCUGUUUUAUAAUCUUGGCUCUUUUCCUUCCUACCAUGGCAAUGUAACAAUAAAUGGAGGUAUCCCACAGCUUGCCAAUGAAACGUACCACUUGAGCAAAACUCAGAAUGAUAUCAAGUCUACCUUGCCGAGCAGCAACUUCUCAGGACUUGCUGUGAUUGACUUUGAAAAUUGGCGACCCAUCUUUAUUCUCAAUUAUGAUUCGUUAAGAAUCUAUCAGACCAAAUCCUUGGAGCUGGCCAAACAGCAUUUUCCUUCAUACAAUAACAGUCAACUGUUUCAAGUUGCAACACAUGAAUUUGAAGACUCUGCUAGAUCAGUUCUUGGCAAGACUCUGAGUCUAGCAACAAUGCUGAGGCCUAAUGGAAGCUGGGGAUACUAUGGAUACCCAAGAUGCUGGGAUACAUAUUGUAACACUUCAACUGUACAGUUCAAUGAUCAGUUGAACUGGAUUUACAAUAUCAGCACUGGCCUAUACCCAUCCAUUUAUUUCACCUUGAAUGAACCAUUCAACCAUAGAGCACAGAGGAUCAAGAUGGUGGUGAAGGAGACACUGAGGCUGAAGGCCUCCUGGUCACCAUCCAACGUCCAGCUCUUGCCUUAUGCCUUCUCGCAGGAUGGACCCUAUUCAAUGUUUAAUGCUACAGACUUAUACUAUGCUAUAAGACUGCCAGCUGACAUGGGCUCUUCUGGCGUUGUGCUGUGGGGUAGUUCUGACUACAUGAGGGCUAGAAAUGAGUGCCUCAUCCUGCAGCAAUAUCUGAACACAACUUUGGGGCCAUACUCUUUAGACGUGACCAACUUUUUUGCCAACUGCUCGACAGACAACUGCAAUGGCCAUGGCAGGUGCAUGAAGAAAGAGCUAGAGACCUACUUUCAGUUCCAUCUACAUAAGAAUAAAAGAGACGAGUGCUACAUUAGAGAAGAACACCUGAAGAUGCGGAGUCAAUCAACCUUGAAGAACAAAGCUACAUGGGGUAAAGCUGCCUUUGGAAAUAAAUCUCGCAGAAGUAAAAGUUCAUUAACGCAACAAUUUCACCAAAGUUCAAAUAAUUUGGAACAUUUUUACAAUCUCGGACAUAGAAGAGUGGAAAAACAUUUCAAAAUCACAGAGACGUUAUCUGGAAGGGAAAUGGCUGACUACCUAGAUCUUUUGGAGAUUCCCACCACAAUGUCCAUGACUGGUGAGCUGGUAUAUGAUUAUAAUGAUUACGUCUGUAAAUGCUAUGCAGGCUGGUCUGGUCUGCAUUGUAAUGAAUAAUGUAUCUCAAUUACCUCAACAUGUGUAAACAGCUCAGAAAGAUUUUUAAAAUGUAUUUAUACAGAAACAUAUGAAUAGUUUAUUAUGCCCAGUAUUAAGGUUCUCAUCAUUUUUCCUACAUUUAAUUUGUACAUAAAUCCCCAAAUGCUUUAAUCACCAUAUAAAAACCAUUGAUGAAAGAAAAAUGUUGAGAUUAUGAUUCAAACACAAUAGGCUUUGAGGGAUCUCUGCACUCUCUUAUCACUUGAAUCCUGGCUCUAUUAAACACCAUAUCCUUUUGUUCAAUUUUGAUCUUUGCCAUAAAAAUCAGUGAUUAAAAACUCUUCAACUUUUCCUAUUCAUCCAACAAAACUUCACAGAUUUUAAGUUAACAUUGAGGAUGAAUUUAAGAUAUGUAAAGUUCACAACAUAAUAUGCAUAUGUUCAAUCAUUUGAAACAGACUUUUACAUUCUUUAGAUGUGUCAUGAGAUAAGUAUUCUUUAGAAUAUUUUACUCUUUAGAUACCUGACAUUUCUGUCUCUUAGUAAACCUUUUUUUGAUUUGAAUUAGUCUGUACGGUGCCUACACGUAUUUGUAUUUCUGUUGAUUUGCUCUUCACAAGCAUGUCAAUGCAUUGAUGUCAAUUGUUCAUUUUAAUUCAAAGCUCAAGGAUCCAUCUGACUUUCAAUUUAUAUUUUUACAACUACUUGGCAAUGUAUACAGGAUGAUUGGCUAAAUGGAGAAACCACUUGUUUAACUAGCUGAGGGGGCUUGGGUUCCAAACCUGAUGUAGACUAUGAAUUUUUUAAUUUUAAUUACUUUUUUUUUUUUUACUUCAAGCUGACUUGUGUUUGCUGAGCGUCAUAAAGCAGCACAAAAACUUUACCCCCUAUUUUAAUGGUGUGUGUGUUUCUAUGGUGACAGGUGAGAGGUAGCAAUGGAGUUGGUGGCUAGGCAGUGUGAAUGAUGCAAGAUUAGCGGCACUGUCGUAAGCUGUCUGGUGUAGGCAAGAACGCCAUAGUUUAAAGACGUGUUUUGUAGUGAGUUAGAUUUUCAAAACAACAUUUUUAUAUUAAUACUAAAGUCUACUACAUUUACAAAAUUCUCGACCUGUAUGGCGACAUUUAUGCACUACGCAAGACAGCAGGGUUUCUGUCCAGGGCUUUUGCAAGAGAGGAUUUGAGCCUCUCAAGCCCUCACUCUAAUGGAGUUUGAUGAUGAUGAUGAUGACUACAUUUAUUUCAUCUCAAGUUGAAUUGUGUCUGUAUUGUAAAAUAAGUUCUGUUUGGUCUUGUUCACAAAGAAGUUGUUUCAAGUUUUUUUUUUAGUUGAGAUAUAAUACACCUUCAGUGGUUUAGUUGUCUACCAGCAGUUUGGUGCUACAGUGACCCCAACACCAACAUGUCCACAAAAUCAAUAAUAUUGGUAAUGUAUCCCAUGAGUUUUAUGUACAAGUUAAUUGUGAUGUGCUUAUAGUUCAGCACUUUUGAGCUAUCUCCGAGGAAGGUUGAGUUGUUAUAGUUUAAGUGAUGCAUGUCUCUGACAUUUACACCUCAAAAUUAAGACUGUAUUUAAAAAUCUGAUUUCACUUUCACAAUCACUGUCCUCCUAAUGACUGCCCUCGUAAUAGUUACAACAACUUUUUAUUCUCUGCAAGCCAUACACUUUUGUUUUCUAGUCUGCAUAUUGUAUGAAAAUACAUAAAAGCCAUUUUUCAAAAUGGGCAGUUUUUUACACCCCAUCCUAGGUCAAAUACUUCAUGUUCCUAUUUGUAAAUCCAAUGUUACUAUCAUCUUCAUUGUGUUUACUGUAUGUUCCUAGGUGGUAAGACUGAUUUUUGUCUUCCGAAAACCUUGCCUUUUUCUUUUUAAAAUUAAUUACAUGAAUAUUCUUGGCUCAUAUUUGUAACCAAUUUUUUUUAAAAACAACAUUGACAUACCAGGUUAUUUUAGUAAUUGAUGUUUGUGAUUUUUGGCAUGCCUUGAGUCCAUUUUGCUCUGAUGGGUACCUGACAUUAUUUUAGGAAAAGUAAAGGUGGUUGAGCGUUGUGCUGGCUAAUUGACAUUUUCCUUAUCCGUGGGCCAAAGAAACAGAUAACCUUUACGUCAUCUGCCCUAUAAACUGCAGUCUGAAAGGGGUACUGUAGAUAACACAGAUGUACUGUAGAUAACACAGAUGUACUGUAGAUAACACAGAUGUACUGUAGAUAGCACAGAUGUACUGUAGAUAGCACAGAUGUACUGUAGAUAACACAGAUGUACUGUAGAUAACACAGAUGUACUGUAGAUAACACAGAUGUACUGUAGAUAACACAGAUGUACUGUAGAUAACACAGAUGUACUUUUAUGUCUUCCCACCAAAUGAACAUUCCACCUGGCCUGCCUACUUGUGAACACAUAACUAAUACUGAAGUUGUUGUUUUUAAAUUUGUAUUUAAUUUGUUAUUGAUGAUGUUUUGUUGAUUUUGUCAAACUGUUGCAUUUAAUGUGAUAAAGAAGAUAAAACAUUCCUGGGUCAAUAUGAUGAACUUUACAGUCUGAUUGUAUGACCCAAUUUUACAAACAAGUAAUUUAUGUAUAUACUGCAUUUGUGAACAAAAAUGUUUGACUUCAUAUCAGAAGAAUUAUAUUGACAAAUAUUGUACAUAAACAAAGAUUUAAAAAUCAAAAGUAAAAUGUCUUUCAUUGUGUUGAAGUUAAUUAUGCACUGUGAACUUUUGAAUAGCUGAAAAUACUGUAGCAUGAUUAAAAUAGAUUUCUAAUCAUGACUAAUGACAAUGUUAUUAUAAAAAUCUGGGCUGUCUUAUUAUGUAUCAUUGAAGUUCCAAUUUAUUUUGGUCAUUUUUUUUUUAUUCAAUUCCAUUUUAUUAUUUUAUUUUUGUUUGACUUAUUAAAGUAUAUUUAAUUAUA